GACGCCGCCCGCGACGGCGACUACCUCCUGGGCAUCAAGCGGCUGCGGCGUCUCUACUGCAACGUGGGCAUCGGCUUCCACAUCCAGGUCCUGCCCGACGGCCGCAUCGAUGGGAUCCACAGCGAGAACCGAUACAGUCUGCUGGAAAUCUCCCCUGUGGAAAGAGGAGUGGUGAGCAUAUUUGGUGUUAGAAGCGGACUCUUCGUGGCCAUGAAUAGCAAAGGCAAACUCUAUGGAUCUACCCAUUUCAAUGAUGAGUGCAAAUUCAAAGAGAUCCUCCUGCCAAACAACUACAAUGCUUACGAAUCUAGGAUUUAUCCUGGGAUGUACAUAGCCCUGAGCAAAAAUGGAAGAACAAAGAAAGGCAAUAAAGUUUCUCCCACAAUGACGGUGACACAUUUUCUUCCUAGAAUCUGAGACAUCUCCCUUCCGACCUACCUCAGCACAGGGAAAGACUCAGAACACGUUUGGGAAAAAAGAAACGUGGUGCACUUUUACUGGAGAGUUUUAUGCAAGAGUAGGUGUAAGAUAUUUAAAUUAAUUAUUUAAAUCUGUAUAUAUUGCCACUAAAUUUAUUUAUAGUUCUGAUUUUUUUUUUUUUCCUUGAGAACAAAACAAACCUCCAAGCCUAGGUAUUUCAUUUCAUGGUGCAACAGUAGGAGACUUCUGCUUUGUGGUUUAUUUAAUUCGUUUCCUAAGUUAUCACAGGUGUGCUGCUACUACGUGUUCUAUAACCGGUGACACUCAAUUCCUACUACAUUACAACAUUUUGCACUGUUGGCGUGUUGUAUAGCGUCUAUUGUACAUGUAUUUGUUUGCUAUGUUGGCUUUGUUCCCCUCUGUGUUUUCAAAACCCCCACGACUCCCAGAGAAGCUCUUGGCCUUUGAGAAGGAGCAGCACGGAGGUGCCUGGGUGGGAUGCCGGCGCGGAGCCACACACAAUGCCUGACCUCCUUUGUGCAGCGUUGCUAUUUAAUUGGAAUGGUAUCGGUUUACUUCAGUGCAGAAAGUGCGGUGCUGAAGAGCUGCCCCACAAAUCUGUUUUUAGAUCUGCUGGUGCUGAACUUUGAACUUUCCUGCAGUCAGUCUUAGAGCUGCCAAGCAGCGGAGAGGUUUAAGCACCUAUAUAAACUCAGCGGGCUUUUUAUUUUCUUUUCUAUUUAGAUAAACAGGAGCAUCAUAUUUUUGCGGCCCUUAAUGGACACUGCAUUUGAUACGAUUGCUUCAUAUUAGGUGAACAAAUUGUCUGUUCCUCCCCCAGUGAGCGCACUGGGGCACGUACUAUGAUGAACAGAUUAUACUUCAUUCAAAUCAACUUCCCUCUCACAUUUGGAGACUACACGCAUUUGUCAAAAUUUGCAAAAAAAAAAACCCAAAAAACAAAAAACACCAAACACAUUGUAAUACUCAUACGCUUUGAAAAGACAAAGUCAUUUGCUGGUUCACUGAAAUGCAAGCUCCAUAGAGAGAAUUUAGAUUGAUUACAAGUAACUGAGGUUGUUUUGUACUAUUUAUUAUUUUUGGUGCAGUAUUUUGGAAGAAGUAGUAUGCUGCUUUUUUUUUUUCCUGUCUCAUUCCCUAAAAAAGUUGAUUAAUUUCUACCUCACUAACUCUCAAAGCCAACCUCCUAACAAAAUCUGCAUGGAAGGUACACGCUUUUCUGCUUCGUCUUAUAAUGUUGGAGGAGGGCUUCGGGGAACAAUUGCUGUAAUCCCAAAUCUCUAUUUUUUUUCCAUAUGUAGCCAAAAGUAUUCAAGAUAGAGUCAGUUGCAUCCUAUUUGAGCCUUGUCACGUUUGAGCUAUCUUUACCCAGUGAUUUACUUUUAGUAAGGAUAAUCAUGGUGAAAAUAUUUGCAGACAGCUGUCAGGCUGCAGUACCAUAUCGUCAUCAAGUAACCCUAUAUUUUUCUUUAUGCAUUUUGCAAGAGUAACUCAUGUCUCUAACGCGAUGAAGGAAGAAUCAGGUAUGAUUAUGGCGGAAUCUUUAAAAGGAUCCAUUUUUUCCUUUGUUCUUUCUUUCUCCUCUUUAAGUGAUACGCCAUCUUCGUGGCAUCAAUAUGUUAAGUUGUAACCAGGACUAACCACAAUGUUUAAUGAAUUAGAGGAUGUUUACAGAUCAUCUUCCCACCUAAACUAGCCAUUUCUGGCUACAUGCAAGUCUCAAGGCCGUGGGUAAUUUGAGUUCAGCUAUUUUUUUCCUCUUACAUUCCUACAAGAAAGUAUUUGUUCUAUUGGAAUCAUAUAG